AUGAUGCGGCUCCGAGGGUCGGCGCUGCUGCGGGACCUCCUGAGGCCGCCCGCCGCCGCCGCCAGCGCGGCCCUGAGGCGGGCGCAGCCCCUCGCCACGUUCCACCGGCGAGCCUGGGGUGGGGGGCCCGUGGCCGCGGGCCCCGCUGCCGCUGCGCGGCUCUGCCCGCGGUGGGGCGGGGGCGGCCGGCCGGCGGGGCCCGGCGCCCGGGGCCUGUCCAGCUCGCCCUCCGAGAUCCUGCGGGAGCUGGGCAAGGCGGGCGCGCAGCAGCCGCAAGACCCGCAGCCGCAGGACCCGCAGCCCGGGGCGUCGCCGCCCGCCGCCCCGCCGGCGCCCGGCCCCAAGGACGGCCCCGCGGACACGGACGCGUUCGGCCACGGCGAGGCCAAGGAGCUGGCGGCCUCCGGCGAGAGUAAAAUAAAACAGGGUCUGUUACCUAGCUUGGAAGACUUGCUGUUCUAUACAAUUGCAGAAGGACAAGAGAAAAUACCUGUUCAUAAAUUUAUUACAGCACUCAAAUCUACAGGAUUGCGAACAUCUGAUCCCAGGUUGAAAGAAUGUAUGGAUAUGUUAAGAUUAACUCUUCAAACAACAUCAGAUGGUGUCAUGCUAGACAAAGAUCUUUUUAAAAAAUGUGUUCAAAGCAACAUUGUUUUAUUAACGCAAGCCUUUAGAAGAAAGUUUGUCAUUCCCGACUUUAUGUCUUUCACUUCUCACAUUGAUGAGUUAUAUGAAAGCGCUAAAAAGCAGUCUGGAGGAAAGGUUGCAGACUAUAUUCCUCAACUAGCCAAGUUCAGUCCUGAUUUGUGGGGUGUAUCCGUUUGUACAGUAGAUGGACAGAGGCAUUCUAUUGGCGAUACCAAAGUUCCAUUUUGUCUUCAGUCCUGUGUAAAACCUUUGAAAUAUGCCAUUGCAGUUAAUGACCUUGGAACAGAAUAUGUGCAUCGAUAUGUUGGGAAAGAGCCAAGUGGAUUAAGAUUCAACAAACUGUUUUUAAAUGAAGAUGAUAAGCCACAUAAUCCUAUGGUAAAUGCUGGAGCAAUUGUUGUGACUUCAUUAAUAAAGCAAGGAGUGAAUAAUGCUGAAAAAUUUGACUAUGUGAUGCAGUUUUUGAAUAAGAUGGCUGGUAAUGAAUAUGUUGGAUUCAGUAAUGCAACGUUUCAGUCUGAAAGAGAAAGUGGAGAUCGAAAUUUUGCAAUAGGAUAUUACUUAAAAGAAAAAAAGUGUUUUCCAGAAGGCACAGACAUGGUUGGUAUAUUAGACUUCUAUUUCCAGUUAUGCUCCAUUGAGGUAACCUGUGAAUCGGCUAGUGUGAUGGCGGCAACACUGGCUAAUGGCGGUUUCUGCCCAAUUACUGGUGAACGAGUACUGAGCCCUGAAGCGGUUCGAAACACACUGAGUUUGAUGCAUUCCUGUGGCAUGUAUGAUUUCUCAGGGCAGUUUGCUUUCCAUGUUGGUCUUCCUGCAAAGUCUGGAGUUGCUGGGGGCAUUCUUUUGGUCGUCCCCAACGUCAUGGGCAUGAUGUGCUGGUCCCCCCCUCUGGACAAGAUGGGCAACAGUGUUAAGGGAAUUCACUUCUGUCAUGAUCUUGUUUCUCUGUGUAAUUUCCAUAACUAUGAUAAUUUGAGACACUUUGCAAAAAAACUUGAUCCUCGAAGAGAAGGUGGCGAUCAAAGGGUGAAGUCCGUGAUAAACCUCCUGUUUGCGGCCUACACUGGAGACGUGUCUGCGCUUCGGAGGUUUGCCCUGUCGGCCAUGGACAUGGAGCAGCGAGACUACGACUCUAGGACGGCCCUGCACGUGGCUGCUGCUGAGGGUCACGUUGAAGUCGUGAAGUUUUUGCUGGAAGCCUGCAAAGUCAACCCUUUCCCCAAGGACAGGUGGAACAACACGCCCAUGGACGAGGCGCUGCACUUUGGCCACCACGACGUGUUCAAGAUCCUGCAGGAGUACCAGGGCCAGUACACGCCGCAGGGCGAUGCCGACGAUGGGAAGGAGAACCAGACCGUGCACAAGAACCUCGACGGCCUCCUGUGA